AGGCGUUAGUGAUGGCGGCGUGUUUUGCAGAGGCUGUGGUGGUCUUUGCACAUGGAAGCUUGUAGGAGACGAAAGUCUACGAUUUGAAGGAAGUUUUUGUGAAGGUUUCGUCGCCCAUCUAUAAUGGCCCUACAAGUAUAGUUUUGUCUGUGAUGAGUCAUCGUAUUUGCCGAUGAAUUGUGGCUAUGCAUCUUGUAUUGUACCCCAGCAUCUGUUUUUCGGAUUAACAUCCAAAAAUUGAACUAGUGAAAACUCCGCACACCUUUUGCUAGGACCGUGCAGCACCAUCAUCCGCAUGACAGAAUCGGAACCCCCGCCGCCCCCUGCACCCCCACCCCCCAACGACGGCUUUCCUUCCUCCCUGUUUUCCUCCCUCUUGGAAGAGGAGGAGGAUAGCCACGAGGGGUUGAUGGGUUGGUAUCAAAUGGAGGAUCCCCACCAUCAGCAUGUCAAUUGGAAACAGAGAUACGAACAAAUGAAAGUGACAUUCACGCGUUUUCGGAUGGAAACGGCGGAUCUGCAGCGAUCCCUACAAGAAAAGCUUUCUGAAUUAGAGCAAAAGGCUACCAGUGCAGAAAGAAGAGAAGAAGAAGCUCGUCAAAAGAUACAACUUCUCGAACAAAGGUUACAGGGUUUAGGAGGGCCGGGAGAUAGUUAUAAGGACUGUGUAGCAAAUACAGACCAAGCAUGUAAAGAUCAAAUCAUUUCAAAUUUGGAACAGCAGGUCGAAGAGCAGAAAAAGUUGCGAAUUCUGGAUGCCAAGAAAGUGGAGGCAAAAGCAUCUAAGAUUAAAGAAUGGGUAACCAACAAAUUAAAAGAGUUAGAAGAGCAGAACUAUCAACUUCGAGAAGAAAACAAGAAGUGCAAUUCCCAAUUAGAACUUUUAAAGAAAAGGCUGAGUCAAAUGUCGCAACAAAAAGAAAAGAAUAACACUGAGCAGGAUUCUUCCAGAGGAAGUUGGGAAGACCAAGGUUCUUCAGACGAUGCACCUCCGCUUAGCUCUAUAUCAAGCGCCAAUCAACGUGCCAAUUACAUCAACAACAAUGAACCGUCCUAUAACUCUUCCAUGCCUGUCGUCGAUGUUAACAAAAAGUCCUCCUCCUGGGUUUCAGCUCAGCAGGCUCGUGUGGAUCAGUGGAUAGAUAGCUCCUGUCAGGUGUCCAUGACCAGGCGACCAGAAUCGGAAGAAGCCGAUAAUCUGCAGGCAAUAGGAUCAGAAGCUAUGGUGGAAGCUGGCCUUCCACCAAUGGUUCCUCCUCAUUCCACAACAUUAUCUUCUUUGUCACAGACAUCUUCACCUCGACCAUCAGAUGUUAAAAAGCCAGCUGCCAAAAAGCAACAUUCCCGUUCACUGCCUCGAGAUACCACUAGAAAUUCAUCAAUGCAAGUUACAAAUAUUCCAUCUUCCACAUCAAGGACUACUACCACUCAAACAAAUAUUGAAAAUGAGCUAAACAGCAGUAACAAGACAUCCAACAAUGGAAUGUCAUCAUAUGGGAAUAUAUAUGGCAGUCUUGAUCGUAAGCUGAAAAUGCUGAAUGUGGGAAAUGGCUAUUCUGGUGGCGAGAGACGAAGAACUGUGCAGACUAGUAAUGAUCUACAUGAUUAUGCUGAGAUUUAUACCCCUAGUAAAGAAAUUAUUGGUGGCAUAGAUUCUGAUAUGGACAUUCGGCCUCCGACACCUCCAUUACACAGAUUUCCAUCAUGGGAAUCUAGAAUUUAUGAAGUAGCUGUAAAUGGAAUAUCUUUAUCGAGAGAUGAGCUUCAUACUUCCCCAAUCAUACCUUCUCAUAAGCCCAAGAAAACUUCUGAAACUUUCAUGACUGAUUCAUUUACUGAUAUGAGCAUACCUGUAUAUGCCAUGGUUAAAGGAAGAGCAUCACAGAUUCGAUCUGUUCCAUUUACUGGAGAAUCUACUGAUUCAUCUGAUAAUGAAGAUAAUACUCGUAUUACAUCUACACAUACAACUAGUGGUGAAACAGAAUCCAGUGCUUCUACAGGUAGUCCAGGUAGAAAUAAAGGGAGUUCCAAUCAGUCUCCAGCUAAGCAUAGUUGUACAUCUCCUACUAAGUCAGUUAAAAGAGAUACCUCUACUGAGUCAGUAUUGUCAGAUGAUUAUGCUAUACCUCCAGAUGCUUAUUCAGAUACACAUAGCAUAGAUUCUGUGGAACAACCUAGAAUAUCUUCAACAAUUUCAGAGUCGUUGAGAAAAGAUAAUUUUGAAAAAUGUGGCUACUUAACUAAAUUGGGUGGUAAACUCAAAACAUGGAGGAGGCGGUGGUUUGUUUUGAAGGAUGGAACUCUUAGUUAUUACAAAAGCCAGAAUGAUGUUGGAAGAAAGCCUCAAGGUCAAAUUUUAUUGGAUGAUGUAUCUAGAGUAAAUAGAGCUGAAGGUGCUUCAACAUUUGAGGUGGCUACAUCAAAAAGAACUUAUUAUCUAACUGCUGAUUCUAAUUCUACUAUGGAAGAAUGGAUAAAAGUUCUUCAGAAUGUUAUUAGGAGAAACACAAAUAAUAUACCAAUUAAUAAAGAUGACCAAAAACCUUCAAUUCAAGGAUGGGUCACAAAGGUUAAACAUGGUCAUUCAAGAAAAUGCUGGUGCUCUUUAGUUGGAAGAAUGUUUCUAUAUUAUAAAACGCCUAAUGACUCAAAACCUUUGGGCCAAAUAAAUAUGCGAGAUGCUCGAGUUGAAGAAGUUUUGCAUGUUUCUGACAGCGAUGAGGAUGAUCCUGAUGAUUCCAUGGCUAAAUCAGAAUACACAAUCGGUAUUUUCCCAAAUCAUCAAGGUCCGACUUAUCUUAUUAUGCCAGGAAAGCAAGAAAUGGAUGCUUGGUUGUAUCAUUUAACUGUUGUAUCAUGUGGUGAUAACUUAGUAGGCACACAGUAUGAACAACUUUUAGCAAGAUUAAUGGAAGUGGAUGGUGAAGAAAAUCAUGUAAUAUGGAAGCACCCCUUACUUUUAUAUUCAAAAGAAAGCUUAACUCAACCACUGACUAGUCUGCCGUCCGAACAACUUCAAGCUGAGGCUAUUAAACUUUUUAAGUCCAUCCAGUUGUUCAUCUCAGUGCCUCUUGAUGCAUCAGGUAUUGAUUACCAUGUGGCUCUGGCUCAGAAUGCCUUGCACCAGUGCCUCGUGCAAACUGAACUUCAAAAUGAACUUUUGUGUCAAUUAAUGAAGCAAACAUCUCGUCAUUCCUAUCAUAAACCUGGUGUUCAACAACUUCUCCUGUGUGCUACUCAGUCAUUGUUUCUAUGCGACUCCUCAGAAAAACUCUCUCCUACCUCAACUACUUCUCACGAUCGUAUUCCUCCCCCUGAGAGCAAGCUCAACCCUCCUCCCUUUGUAUUUGUACAGGGUUGGCAGCUGUUAGCUUUAGCUCUUUCACUGUUUGUGCCCAAAAAUCGAACUCUGUGGUACCUUCGGAUGCAUUUAGCGAGGAAUGCUGAUCCAAAGACAGAAGCUGGAAAGUAUGCCAUUUUCUGCCAGCGGACUCUAGAAAGAACUCUUUUGAAUGGGGGUAGGGAAAGUAAGCCAUCUCGUAUGGAAGUUCUGAGCAUCCUUCUUAAAAAUCCAUAUCACCAUUCUCUUCCUCAUAGCAUUCCAGUUCACUUUUUAAAUGGUACCUACCAAGUUGUUGGUUUUGAUGGUUCAACUACUGUAGAAGAGUUUAUUCAAACAGUCAAUGAGGAAGCUGGAAUCAGAGAUUCUUCUAAUUCUGGUUUUGCUCUGUUCAGUGAUGAUCCUAUUGACAAAUCGUUGGAGCACUGCCUUCAAAACACAGCAAAAUUAUGUGAUGUGAUAUCUAAAUGGGAACAAGCUCUUAGAGAAAAGCAUUUAGGAAAAUUUGAAAGUACUAAAGUUGUAAAAUUAACGUACAAAAAUAGGCUAUGUUUCCGCCAGUUGUUAAAAGCAGAAACUGAUAAAGAACGCCUUUUAACUGCAUAUCAAAUAAAUGAAGAUGUUGUGAGUGGGAGAUUUCCAUUGAGUAAAGAACUGGCUCUGGAAUUGGCUGUUUUAAUGGCUCAAAUAGAAUAUGGUGAUUAUAAUGGAGACAAAGUGAGAUGUAGUACUGGACCUACUACACCUCAGCAACAGAUGCAGAGCAUAUUAGAAAGAUUUUAUCCAUCUCGUUAUAGAGACAAGAAUGAUGAAAAGCAACUAUUAGAAAAUAUAAAAGAAAAAUGGUCUAGUCUAAGGGGAAGGAGUGUUAUGGAUUGUGUAAGAAUAUACCUCAACUGUGCCAGAAGAUGGUCUUUGUGUGGUGCCAAACUUUUCAGUGCCAAGACACAACUUAAACAAGGAGAGCCUCUAAAUGUAUGGUUAGCAGUUUCAGAAGAUAGCAUUGUUUUGUUAGAUUUUGUUACUAUGCAACCCUUGGUUCGUUAUCCUUACUGCGUGGUGGUGACAUUUGGAGGUUGCCGAGACGAUUUCAUGCUCGUAGUAUGCCAGAUGACAACUGACCAGAAGAUGUCAGGAGAAGGUGUGCAAGUCACGGAGCGAUUACUUUUCUCCAUGCCCAAGCCCAAGAUUCUUGAGAUUACUCUAUUGAUUGCCGACUACAUGAACGCCCUGAGCAAGAGUGGCAACAUGUCCUCAUCCCUUGCUCGUCUCGAAAAGAUUCGGACGUCAUCCAAGUUCCGUUCCUCCGCCACUCCUGACGCUUUCCCCCGCGGGACCCAUGACGGAGCUGCCCCUUACGACCCCAACAAGGCCAUGUCCACCUCCACGGAACUGGACAACCGCCGCGGAGCCUUCUGCAAGAAGCGAGCUGGCAGCGAUUGCACAUGAUGAUACCUUUUUAUGCGUGUGAGUGCUAUGCACACCCUUUUUAACAUGGGAACGUUGAAAGACUCUCCAAAUAUUUAUGCUGAUUUCUGUGCUUUUUAUUUCCGUUGUGUGUGCAUUUAAGUAUUUUUUUAUAAACGAACAGGCUGUGUGUGAACCGUCAGCUGUACACAUCGUGUUUCUUGUGCAAUAAUGUAAUGAUGAAGUUUAUAUAUUGAAGGAAUCUUGUCGAUGUCUUUUCCGAAUAAUAACAAAUUUGAAACUGUGCGUAUUUGCAAAAUAAGUGAGCCAUUCAUUUUCUGUUGUGCCAUACUAUUCAUGCGCACGAUCAUGUAUGAAAUAGUCGGAAUUAUUGUAUCGCAUUUUAUUUUCAUUAAUAUUUGUAUUUUGUUGCCAUUUUUAUUCUAUUUGACAAGUUCUACAUUGCUUAACUUUUGAGAAACAAUGACGGUUAAAUAUCAAGAGAGCAUACAUAUAUUAACUUAUUAAAAUAAGAACUUAUGUAUUCAUAAUUAUGUUUUAAUUUCUUUUUCGAGCAGCUAAUAUAUGGCAGCUAAUUAUUGUUUUAAAACUAAAUAUCUUAUGAGUUGUGACUCAUGUAUAGUUUUAUGGUUUAUACAUUUUUUAUCUUUAAAAAUGAAUUAGAAUUUUAAACCAGCCUAUACAGGCAGCUAUGAGAUGCAUGCAGAUGUCAUAUUUACUUGAAAUAUAAUUUAUAAAUAUACGUUUUAGUUAUUAUGUAGAAGUGUUGCUCUUACUGAUGCUGUCUUGUAUCUUAUUUCGUUGUUGCACUCAUGCCAUUACUUUUUUCAAGAACAUCGUAUCAUAAUGUUUUUACGAAUGCUGGAAUAGCAUACCAAAGCACAUAAAUCUGUUGGAUUGGACAAAGACUGAUGUGUUCGCUUUAUUUAUUUCCUAUAUUUUUCUUUUCACUAUUUUUAUUUAAUUCAUCUUACAAAAAAUGACUUAAAACUUUUGUUAUUUUUGCUAUUAUAAAACGAUACUGUUUUUUUUACAUCUGAUUUGUUUGUUGUUGUAUGGCUGAAACAACCAAAGACUGAAAUACAUUUUCAUUGCAUGAUUCCCUAAUUUUUAAUAGCUGAAAGGAAGGAAGAAUUGUAGUUUUAUAUGUUAUGCAUUAAAAUUUCAUAUGGUAUGUGAACUUUUUUUUAAAAAAAGUCUUAGUCUGGUGAAUAAAACAUUUCUUCAGUCUGAUUAGCAGGAAUUACAAAAUGGUACAAAUAUAAUGAGUUCAAACUUUCCAUUAUGGAUUUGAGUGUUGAAAGAAUAAUUUUAAAAAUUCAGAGUAUUACUAAAAUUAGCAUGAGACUGUUCCUGUCGUAGUAUAAUUCUUCAUAGAAAUUUCGUCAAAUUUACAUAUUUACACUUCCAAUAAAUAUGUUUUACAAUUUUAUUCCAAACUUUUUCUAAACAUAAUUUUUUUUUCCACAACUGCUAUGCACUUUUUAAUUUUUUGAUUAAAAAUAUUUAAAUCUGAAUAAAUAAGAAAGAAUAGAAAAAAAAAGAAAUUCAAAAUUUAUGAUUUAAAAAAAUCAAUUUUGAACAAUUUUUUUUAAUUAAAAUUACUUCAUUGUAAUUAAAUUUCUUCAAGUCAAAAAUGUAGUAAGUAAAUAAUAGUAUUAUUAAUUACUGAAUUGUUCAAAAUAACUUAAUUAAGAUGAAAAACUUAGUGAUCCAAAUGAUAAGCCAAUUUAUCAGGUAUGCAAAACACAUGGCUACUUAUUAGAUAUCGAAAUUUCAUAACCCCCCCCCCUCGCUUUUAUAUUCAUGGUAACUUAGUUUUGCAUUUUCAAUUAGGACUGCUUAAAAUUAUUAAAAUUAAAUGGGGCUUUAAUUUUAGAAAUUCUUUUGAUAGCAUUCUUUGCUUACUUUUUUAAGUUUCAUAUUAUAUUGUUUUAAUUUUUUUUAUCUUUCAAAAUUUUUAUUAAGUAGUUAAAAUUAUUUAAAUUGUAUUAUUAAUAAAUUUUGUUUUUAUUAUUACUAUUAUUUUGAAUACAAUUUAUUUUGAAAUUUAAACCUUGAAUUCCAUGUAUAAUUUUGAAUUUCAUACUGAAUUAUAUGACAUGAAAGUGUCCCUCAAACAAAUGUUUUGUUAUUUCGAACUGUCUGAAAUUUGCUACCUACAACAAUCUAUAGAAAUUUAAUUAAAUCAAUAAAAAAAAUAGCUUGGCAACAUUUGCAUUGCCUAAAAAACACCUACAAGGCUUAAUCUUGCCUUGUUUAUGUAUAAUGUAGGAUUAAUGAUCAAAUUUUAUACAUUCAAGUACUUUCAGCAAUUAUGCCUGCUAUUCUUUAUAUACUAUUGUUAUUUAUUUCAACUAUAAUUAUUUGUUAUUAAUUAAAAUCGAGACCAAAAUCAUAGUCUUACUUUCAAAAAAAUCUACAAAAACAUUUUGAUAUCAUAAGAUGUAUGAAGGCUUUCAAUAUACUCCUGCAAAUGCAUUUUUAUAGAAUGAUUUUUUUUUCUUUCAAUCUGCAAAACAGGAGUUGGACAUUAAUGUGGUUAGAGUCCUUCAAGCAAUUAUUAUUACUAACUCAUUCAUUGCUUACAUUAAGAAAUUAGUAUCUUAAAGAUAAAAAUAUACAAAAAAAAGAAAAAUGUGAAUUGACAUUCAAAUGCUGGUGUGUGUUUUUUAAGGUCUCCAAACUUUGAGGUGGAAAUUUCUAUAUGAAUUUUUCCUCGUGAGUUUUUGUAUAAACUGUCUAAACAGUUCAUUAUCAGCUGCUAGCAACCAGCUGCCCUGUCUUACAAAAAAAUAGUCUUUGAACUACUUUGAAGAGAAUAAAAUAAAGACUGAAAAUGGUGCGAUCUUAUUCCGUUGCAACUAGUUCGUAGUGUUUUUCUUUAAAAACAAUUUUCUUCGUGUAACUGUCGUAUCUUUAAGUUCAUGUAGUGUUGUAAGAACUGUAUUCAAAUUCAGGUUGAAUUGUGUUUCACAAUUUUUCUAAUCUUGCUGCUGUGAACUAUAUUUAGUGUAAUUUUCUGUUGAUUUUUUAUGUAAAAAUAAAAGUGUUUUUUAGAAAAAAA